CUCUUUUUUGGAGAGAUACAGUUGGUUUCGCUUCCCCGCGAAAUGUUGUACAGUUAGUUCGUGGGUUAACGAUGAGUACGUCCGAGUCUGUUGCAAAGGGAUGUUUUCCCUUCAAAGGAAAGAAGAAAAUUGCCAGAGCAAAGGACUAUUUACCAGCAGACAACAAGCAAGCAACACUCCAGUUUAGCACUUAUGAACAAAUGUGGUCUAGUGUGGAUAAAAAGUUCCAGGAGUUGCAGUUGGAGGUGAAUAACAAAAUUUUUGAGGAUCUUCUGAUAUUUGUUGAGAACAGCCACCAGCAGUUUGGCCAGCACUAUUCAGUACAGGAAAUUCCCACAGCUGCACUUAUUACAGGGGUUAAUACACCAGACCAUGCUGUGAUUUUUUCCAACCUCUUUGCCAUGCUGCAGGCAAGAGUUACUUCUCUUGUAGCCACACUGCGAGCAAAAGAUUGUACGUCAGUGAAAUACCUGCUGGGCAUGAUGUUAAAGCAGUUGCUUGCAUUACCUGAUCUGAGUGAAGAGGGGGAGAACACACAAAUGCCAAGCAUGUUAACACUUGUGAAGCAUUACAGUACUCGAUACCAGGUUUCCAAAAAGUCUCCAAGGAAGUCUUCCCCUAAGAAAAGACGAUCUGUAGUAGAGGAUACCCAGUAUCCUGUGGUUGUCAUCAUGCUCGAGGACACUGAAAAUUUCCCACCACAUGUUCUUCAGGACUUCAUUGUAAUUUGCAGCAACUACCUUGAUCGCUUACCUGUGGUAUUGGUAUUGGGCAUAGCAACAUCAGUGACUACCGUCCAUCGUUUGUUGCCAACAGCUGUAUCAUCAUUGUUAUGCAUGGAAAUGUUCAAGGCUCCACCUUCAUCACAGUACCUCAAUCUUCUGAUAGAUAAGAUUCUAAUGACAAGUGCAUUUCCAUUCAGGCUUGGACCAAAAGUGUUUCGCCUCAUGCUGGAUCUCUUUCUCUACUACCACAUGUCUGUCAUUAAUUUUGUCACAGCCUUUCAGUUUUCUAUGCUAGACCAUUAUGCCAGCAACUCUUUGUCACAUCUGUGCUGUCCCACAAGCAUGAUACCGUCUGUCAUUGACAAUCUUUCCAGCAAAGAGUUACAGCAGCUGCAGCGACUACCAUCCGUGAUGAGGUACAUGGAGCAAAUGCCACCAAAGGUGCUGGCUAGUGUUCUCCAAGAGGAGGAGAAAUUUAGGAAAUUGAUUAAGUUUUUGUUGAAAGAUUACCCAGUCCAGCAAGACCGCUCAACAGUCAUCCUGCAUCUUCUUCAUUCUCUUACUUCACACCUUCCUAUGCACCCACUGGGCAAGCAACUACGUGAACUGUAUGCUGCAUGUUUGGAAUCAGACAUUCAUGAGACAGACAAUUUCAGAAAGGCUUUUGAGCUGCUAGGAAUGACUGCGAGGAGUGAGCUGGUAUCAGUGGUGACCCAGGGCUUGCAGAAGAUCAGUUACAGCAGUGACCCUGUGUUGAAAGAUGUUAUAGAGAAGCUGCAGCAGUUUCUUCACAGGUUCGAUCAUCUGGAAGAUGAAGUGGUAGAAGACACAGAGAGUAGUAGUCCAAAGCCAAAAGACUUGAAACUUCAGAGGACAGACCUGAGAAGCUUGCAGAAGAAACUGCAGGAGAUGAGAAAAAAGAAAACUACUCCAUACGAAAAGGUGCGGGAAGAGUUGCUGGUCUAUUUGAAAGAUUUGAUCAAGAAGCACUUGCACAAGGCAGAAGACUCUGUGCUUUAUGAAAUCUUUUAUUAUGACAAUGUGACAUCUUUCCGGCAUCAGCUGCACGCAUCACCUCGCUCUGCUAUUCAUCGGGCUUUAGGUGAUCCGGCAAACUAUUUAGAGUGCCAGUGCUGUUUGGUGGAUGGUGGCUGUAUUUCAGCAACAAUGCCAGACAUUUCCAUUGCUUACAAGCUUCAUUUGGAAUGUGGCUUUAUGAUCAACCUGUAUGACUGGCUGCAGGCUUUUGUCAGCAUUGUGACGGCUGAUGAGCAAAACAAGAAAAAGAGUUCCAAGCCUGAGAUGCUUCAGGCCAGAUUUAUCCAGGCUGUGUCAGAGUUACAGUUCUUGGGCUUUAUAAAACCAACAAGGAGGAAAACAGACCAUGUUUCUCGCCUUACAUGGGGGGGCUGCUGACAGAAAUUAUUUACAUCAUGUCUAUUUUGAUGGUGUAAGUGCAUAUUUGCUGUGUGAGAUUAAUAAAAAUUAUAUGUACAGA